UUUUGCAUUCAAAGCAGAGCUUCUUAUUUAAUGAGUCCACGUUCAGAAAUCAGAGAAGUAAAGAUAUAUGUACAUCUUUUUUUCGAAAAAUAAACUAAGUCCUUUGAAGGGUCGUUUAUUGUGCCUUUUGUUAUUGUAAAAAAAAACAGGUCUUUUCUCUAUCAUCUUUGACACCUUCUACCUGUCCCUCUGUACAUGUAAAUAAUGGCGAUGUACAUAUCCUAGUGGUGAAAUUUAAUGCAAAAAUAAAUAAAUACUAGUAUAAGAUGGGGGCAUGUUUGUUCUAUACAGGUGUUUUGAUUCAGCUUUCUUUGCCUUUUUAACAUGUACCAAUAAACUCAACUUCUUUUUUCUGUCUUUUUACUUCUUUCUAAGGCAGUCUGUUUUUUUUUUUCUUUUAAAAAAACUAUUCAAUGGACCCUAAGUCCCAUAUUUUUAAUGAGGGGGAAGAGUGUCACAGCAGUGAAUCUGGAUGGACAAUGUACAUUGGCUCACCUUCGAAUGACGAAGACGAUGAGAUGAAUUACGAAGGUGAUUUUGAUGAUGAUGAUGAGAAUGUAGGACGAGGUCGUCGCAAGAAUAUAAUUAAUAAUGAUAAUGAUGAUGAUGAUACUGAUGAUUCUAUGGCUUCUGAUGCAUCUUCUGGACCAAGUCAUCAUAUUGUUAGAAAUGAGAAUAAGAGUACAAUUCCAAAGGAAAAAGGUAAUGGAAAAAGUGGUUCCAACAACAAAGUCAGCAUGAAGAAAGCUAGUGUUAAGAAUCAAGAUAAAGGAGGGUACUCUGUUUUUUCAGCAAAAGGAGCUAAAGUUCCAUCUAGUAGUGAAAAGGUAAAGAAAAGUAUUUGGAAGGGCAAAGGAAAAUAAAACUUACUACAACUACUAUAUUAUAUAUCAUCUCUUUGG